GCGCACCCAGCACCGUGGUCUCGCCGCACAGCGUGAAUUGACAGACUGGAAACUGCAGGCGCUCCGUAGGGAGCUGUCAAAGCUGUGUGUGCAUUUUGGUGUUUGGUCCGUGUUGUGUUCGAGGGCGCGAUCGGUGUGGGGGUGUGUAGUCGCGCGCAGUGUACGUUUAUUGUGCAUACAGUGUGCCAAUCCAGCCAAAGGACCAACAGCAUCAACCGCAAGUACCGCUCAACCCCAAAAAAAAGCUUCGCCGGAAACCGUCGCCCUUGCCCCGGGGCAGCCCUACUUAAAAGCCCUUCAUGGGCACUUUAUCCUGCGCUAUCGUGCGGUUGUGGUCGUGAGAGAGAGAGAGAGGGAGAGCGCGUGAGAACGGAUGCAGAUCGCAAGUGUGCGCACACGGUUCUAGUCGGGUUCACUUGUGCCUCUCGGUCUGCGCGGUCAGUAUAGUAAGCAGUUGUCGUCUGCGCGUGAUCGAAUGCUCCAACCAGCGGAGCCAGCACCGAUCCGGCCUGCGGGAGAAACCAGCGCACAGCGGCGGACAAAUUGACGAAUCAUGAUUACUUCAUCUCAAGGCCGGUGCCGGAGCUGCUGAAGUAAGCCGCGCACACUGCUUCCGUGGCGUGACCACCAAACCCCGCGUGGGCCGACAUUUGCGAAGCUGAACGGGGCAGCGCUUCGACGUGUGUGUGCUCCUUGUUGUUGUUGUUUUUUUUUCCCUCAAUACUUUGUGCAAAGUUUCUUCCCCCACCGCGAGCGGCCCCUGGACGGCCACUUCGCCGUUGUCCGUCAAUGAGCGAUUCGCAGUAAUCAGCGUGUUGUGGUCGGGGGGAAAACACAGUGUCGUACAUGCACGGAAGAUCAGGCAAAAACAAGGACCCCGCUUGUAGCCCACAGAAGAGCUCAAUCAGCGCGCAGCAGAGGGCUAAGACCCCGAGCGACACUACACUAGACGCCUCAAUCGGAACUAUUUCGCUACAUUAGUUCACGUAUGUUUUAACCACCCUUUUCCUCCCUCAUUUUUUUUUUGUUUGUUUUGUUCGUGUGUGAAUCCGUUCAGUUCGCGUCCCGGAAUGGUGUUGUUUCGUUUUCGCUAAGUUUGUUUUUAGACCAUUUUUUUUACAAAAAAAAAACCGAAAUUCCCGAUUGACAAAAGACGUCUACCACGCACGUCCUAGAUAAACGUUUUUUUACCGUGCGGUAUGUUUUAAACGCGUAUUUAAAUUGAACCGAUCGAGAAAAAUCCGAUAGUUAUCGCAACGGAACAUUUUUAGUUAGGAAAAAAAAGAAACAGUUUGUAAGCAAAAGCAGCAAAAAGAAAAGCUGGCGAGAUAGAGGGAGAGGUGCACAAGUGUCGUUUCUUUUUGUAAAAAAAAAAAAUCCUCUAGUUUCAAGCGCGUUUUCUAGUCUCCCCCCAAAACGGACCGUCCCUGGUCAACGUUGUCGUUUGUCGGUGUCCACGCCGGGCAAGUCGGAGAGACCGCUCGGUUCGCAAAACAACAACAACGGGCAAGGGGGUUUAAAAAAGCGAAAGGUGUUUUCGCGCCCGCGAUACGCGAAAACACGUCGGAAGAAAACGGGAAAAACAAAAACACCGCCAGCCCAAGAGUCCACCCAAUCCGCCCGCCCGGGGAAACCCCCUGAGCCUGCCCCCGAAAACUGCACCUCAGAUCAACAAAUGACAGUCGGUUGGACCCGGCCCCCGAACACCACCACCACCACCAUCAGCCCGCCCCAACAUGUCAUCGAACAGCGACCUCACCUUCGAAUGGUCGCUGCUCACGAAGAAGGACUGCCGCAAGUGGAACACUCAAGGACGACGCAGUGACGCGUGAAGAGAGGGCUCGGUCUGCGAACCCCUGCCCCAACCGGAGCUGGAGGAGUUCGGUGUAGAAGAAGGAGAAGAAGAAGAAGAAGACAGCUCAAGGCCAUCCGAAGGAUAAGGCAAACGUACGUGUGCGUCAAGCAAAGCGGCUCCAAAACAAAACGAAAACAAAACCACCUCAUCGAAACCCCGCACAAGACACACACACACUCCGCAGUUUUGAAGUAAAGCGCCCCCCCCCGCCAGCUGGGCAGCAAAAAAAGGAGGAGGCAAGAAGAAGGAGAAGAAGAGGAAGUAAAAGGUAGCAGGGACUAGCGAAAAAGAAGCGUCUCGCCGUCACAAUGAGCGGCGCCACGAGCGACGUCUUCGAGGACCAUCUCGUCGACGAAAGCUCCCAGUACAUGCUGGACGACCUGCAGCUCGCGGCGGAACUGGGAAAAACGCUCCUGGAGCGCAACAAGGAGCUCGAGGCGAGCCUGAAGCACCACCAGAACGUCAUCGACGAUCAUGUACAGGAGAUAGAGUACCUCACCAAACAGAAUGCCGCCCUGCGCGAGGUGAACGAUUCGCGGAUGAAAAUCUACGAGCAGCUGGAAGUGAGCAUCCAGGACCUCGAGCGGGACAAGUACAAGCUAGCGCUCGACUAUCAGGCGGAGAAGAAACAUGUGAAACAGCUGUGUUGUAAUAUUGAGAGCUUAGAAACCAAAGUAGAGGAACUGAGUCGAUCGCUCGAGGAUGCCCGGCGCCAGGUGGAGGCGGAACGGCGGAGCAAGCAAACGGAGAGGCUAGCCGGUGCGCAGCCGCCGGUGCCCCAGUUGACCUUCAGCCUGGUCACCCCACCAUCGAAGGACGCCAAAUGCAGCACCGUUCAUGCCAACACCUCCAACACCGCCACCUCCCCGACUCAGGGCGGCCACGGGGAUGGGCCGGACAGUAGACAAGCGACCGAAUCUUGUCAAAAGCCAAACGUAUCCACCCCAAAGUCGAAACCAGCGGCCAACGGACCGGAGGAGGCGCACCAUCCGACCGGUGGUGGCGGAAGCGCGGAGGACGCACCGGUGGACGCAGCGGUGGACGAGUAUCACAUGUGCGAGGAGAGCGAGGAGAUGCUGCGCAUGGCGCAGGAGCUCCAGCAGACGCAACGGUGUCUGCUGUCCGAGCAGAGCAAGGUGGGCGAGCUGGAGGAGCAGCUGGCGUCGAUCGCGCAGGAAAACCAGCUGCUGCAGUCGAAGCUGGUGCACGCGAACACGGCCGAGGACAUGAAGUCGGUGCACGACGAGCUGUCGGUGUUGGCCGAAUUCCGCCAAGGGCAGGUUUGCACUCGCUGCAUGCGCGGAUUCGACGAUCAACCCGACACCGACUCGAUCAUCACCGGCACGGAGGACGACGACACGAGCCUGCUCGAGCUGAUCAACAACACGGAAACGCCGCGGAUGUACUGCUCCUCCGUCACUCUCGAGAUAGCGCCACCGAAACCGGACAGCUUGGAUCUGUCGCUGAGUGACUGCGCCGGGCCGACGAACCCGUACCGGGAGCUGGUGGAGAAGUACGAGGCGCUGCUGGAGGUGCACCGGCAGCCGAUGAUGCGUAAGGCGUCACAGGGCGCGACGAUGGCGGUGGUGGCCGGCUCCGGCAACAACACGCCGGUCGACAGCUGCCAACCGCAGCAGCUGCUACCGCCGGUGGUCGAGGGAGGAGCAGCCGGACUGCAGCAGCAGGACGAGCAGCAGCCGCACCAGCCGCGCUACAUGAUCGAGUUCAACCCGCCGACGGUGGUGUCGCGUGCGGGCGGAGACGGUAGAGCGGGCGGUGCCGAUGCGAUGGAAGGAUCGGACAACCGGACGGGCGGUCAGUCAACGGUGGGCGCGCGGGCCGUGGGCGGCUCGGAGUACUCGGAAGCGGAGACGGCCAGCUCGGGCUACUCGGACGAGGUGAGCAACAAGGCGACGCAGACCGACGAGAGCCCGAAGAACUUCCUGUGCACGAUCGCGGACGGCAAGGACUGGCGCUUCAGCAUCUACGAGGAUCCGAGUGCGAUCGACUCGCGGUUCCGCUUCAGCCCGUCGCACCGUGAGCUCUUCCGGGAGAUCUUCAGCGUGCUGAAGAAAGCGGCCGAGAACCGGGACGAGGGCGACCAGCUGCCGCUGCUGGACGACGCCAAACCGCUGGUGGGCGCGGGUAAGCCGGCCGCGACGAGCGUACCGCCGGUCACGCCGGCUAACGAGGAACCACCGGGCGGCUUCCCGGACCAGGAGCAGGAGCAGGACGACGACACGGUCAGCUUCAUCUCAUCGUCCGCCGUGAGCGAGCAAUCGCUGGCGAUGUCGGAGUGCAUCACCAAGUCGGAGCGGCGGCGUAUCGCGCGGCAGGCCAAGUGCGCCGCCGCUGCCGCCAGCCGUGGCUACAUGGGAGAGGAGGAGAACCGGCCGCCGCUCGAGCAGCAACAGCAGCAGCAACAGCAACAUGUCCUUCCGGACGGCCGCGUCCUGAUACCGUACAAGCAGCAGCCGCUGGAGUACAUCUCGGUGACGGUAGGCAAGCGGAAGUCGCGCCGCCGUAGCCACCGCGAGCCCGGCACGCCGCAGUCCGGAGCCGCCGCGACGCCGCCCAGGCCGCCGUCGUCGAGCGGUCGCAAGCAUCGGCCCUCGUUCCGCCCGUGGAACCCGGACACGGACGCGACGACGCCGACGGGCGCCGAAUGGAACGGCAACUCGAUGACGGUCUACAAUCGCAGCCGCGGCUCAUCCGGGGCACCGCCCCCCCACACGCCAACGUCAGCGACGCCCGUCGGGGCGAAGGGCGGUCGGACGCGCAGCCGCACCUCGAAAUCGCGCGACAAGCAGCAGCGGCACGCGAUCGCUGACCUCGCCACGUCCCACAACCGGUACGCCGAGCUCGCCGCUGAUGGGGACGCGACGGCCGCGGCGGUCGGCGGCGGAGGCGGAGGCGGUGGCGACGACCUGGUGGUCGAGUUCAAGCCGUCCACCGCCUCGCAGCACCUGCACAAGCUGCAGAAGCUCGACCUGUCCUACGCGGAGGUCCUGCGCCGGGCCGACACCUGUCAGCCAUACAACACACGAAGACAGCAGACCCGGCAGCAGCAGCAUCACAACUACUAGCAACACUAACUAAGCUCGCGACAGCAAUGCAAAUAAAAUCCCCAAAACCUUCGUUCGUAAAGCAUGAAUCCUCCAGUGUGCCGAUGGU